AUUAUCACUCUCUGCUAUAUUGUUUGUUCCAGUUUCGAGGUUUUUCAGCUUUGCAUGAAUAAAAAGUCCGAGUUAUGUCAAGCGCACGGAAGCCUCCUCUUGGAGUCGUGAAGAUUUACCAAGGAGCACUUGUUACAGCAGAAUGCGAAAUUAAAGGAACCGUGACAAUAGGUAGCCGAACUGUUGUGCAUCCUGCUGCACAUAUCAUUGCGGAAGCAGGGCCCAUCAUCAUAGGGGACAAUAACCUCAUUGAAGAACAGGUGUACAUUAUCAACAGGAAAUGUGAAACUGAUCCACCAGGUGAAGAGGUUGUUAUGACCAUUGGAAAUAACAAUGUUUUUGAAGUUGGAUGUUAUACAGAAUCUUUGAACAUUGGGAAUAACAAUGUUCUGGAGUCCAAAUGUAAGGUAGGACGCUAUACUGAGCUUACUAGUGGAUGUGUCAUUGGGGCAAUGUGCGAAGUUUGCAUAAACGAAAAAAUCAAGGAAAACACCGUGAUCUAUGGACGAAAUUGUGAAAGGAGGUUACAGAAUGAAAAGCCAGCAACUCAAGUCUUGCAGCUGGACUUCCUCAUAAAAAUUCUUCCCAACUACCAUUAUUUUUGGAAGCCCAAUAAAGGAGAACAAGUUUUACAGCAAGUGAAGCGGGAAAGCAAGUGAUCGUGGCACUAUAAUAUCCUGGGCUAUCCAGUAUAUUUCAUUACUAGGGAGGAAUUUGGUCGCUGAACAUAUAAAAAUGCACACAGUACUGCUUUUGUGUGCCAUAUGACUUGGACCAUUGUUUCAAAAUUAAACUGCCUAUUUGCUAUUU